CACUUGCACACAUGACAUGACAAAAUUUAUGUCCGUUGUUGCCGUCGUACCCGGCUUUAUAAAGAGUUGUAGGAAACCGGUUUUCGUCGCGGACGGCUUUUGUUGGUUCCGUUAUAUUCUGCCGGAGCAGGAAAGUGGAAUACGUGUCAGUGGUACAACAUCACUUUGUAAACGGCCGAGAACGAGGACUUCUACACUCUGCCUUCAACGGGGGAAGCCUAAGGUAUCCGCACUGUGUCUUGGUGCAUCAUAUUUACCUGUGACUUCAAGAAAUUAUAGUGUGAGAAGAAAUAAUAGCCCAUUCAGUGACACUAUUUUUAAUUAUAUUCAUUUAUCAACAAUGCCGGAAAAGAAGCAUUUUGAACGUCUUCCAAAAUCUGUGAUUCCAAAAAACUACGAACUGUUCUUGAGACCCAACCUAACAAAAUUCACUUUUGAAGGCAAAGUGAAAAUUGAUAUUAAGAUAAAUGAACCAACAAACAAGAUAGUGAUGAACGCAAUAGAAUUGGAAAUCACAGAAGCAGAAUUAACGACUGCUGAAGGACGUACGGUGACACCUGCACGCAGCCUCUCCACCGAGACAGAGACUCUGACCUUGGACCUGGCCGAGACUCUUACUCCCGGUGAUGCUCAACUUCACAUCAGCUUCCUCGGCCAGCUCAAUGACAAGAUGAAAGGUUUCUACCGCAGCAAGUACACUUUGGGUGACGAGGAACGCUACGCAGCUGUUACACAGUUCGAGUCGACAGAUGCACGGAGGUGUUUCCCGUGCUGGGACGAGCCGGCGAUCAAGGCUACAUUCGACAUCACCCUUGCGGUCCAGCCUGAGAAGACUGCACUCUCCAAUAUGCCAGUGGAGAGUGAGAAAGUGGAGGGAGGAGAGCGGACUGUGACGUUUGCCCGGACGCCUAUCAUGUCCACGUACCUGGUGGCUGUGGUGGUGGGUGACUAUGACUACAUUGAGGACACCUCCACUGAUGGGGUGAAGGUCAGAGUCUACACUCCUGUGGGCAAGCAGGAGCAGGGGAGGUUCGCCCUACAUGUCGCAACCAAGGUGCUACCCUACUACAAAGACUACUUCAAUAUUGCGUACCCAUUGCCAAAAAUUGAUUUGAUCGCCAUUUCCGACUUCUCUGCAGGAGCAAUGGAGAAUUGGGGGCUCGUCACGUACCGGGAGGUCUGCCUCUUGGUGGACGCUGAGAACACGUCGACGGCGAGGAAGCAGUUGAUAGCUCUGGUGGUGGGGCACGAGUUGGCUCACCAGUGGUUCGGCAACCUGGUCACCAUGGAAUGGUGGACCCACUUGUGGCUGAACGAAGGUUACGCCUCUUUUGUGGAGUUUUUGUGUGUGGCCCACCUCUUCCCCGAGUAUGACAUCUGGACUCAGUUUGUGACUGACUUUGUAUAUCCCCGCCCUGCAACUCGACUGUCUCAACAAACUACCCACCCUAUUGAGGUUCCCGUUGGUCACCCGCCGAACGAGAUUGAAGAGAUUUUUGAUGAUAUUUCCUACAACAAAGGGGCCUCUGUCAUCAGAAUGCUCAAUAAAAUUACAUCGGUGACAACGUGUAGCACCAAAAGAACUGGCGUGAAGCUCAAUCCGGAGGAAACUGGUAGGCCUACUUACCGUACUCCCGCUAUCCCACCUGCCAUGGCUGCAGCCAAACUCCAGCCCGUGGCCAAUUCAGGAACAAGAGGGUCCUGCCUCCCCUCUCGACAGGCCUCGGAACCCCUAUCUAGGACGACCUUUUUUUUUGCUCUGUGGUGUCAGCCAUGUUACUUCUGUCCUACUUUGGUUGGCGUCUACUACACCUUCUUCAACAGACAGAACACCUUUGAAGACUACAUGCUGGGCGGCAAGACCAUGGGAGUCUUCCCAGUGUCAAUGUCUCUUGUGGCCAGGUUGGUUGGAUUCUGUUCAUUAUUCGCUUAA